AAAAGUCCAUGUGCUCAACUGCCCAGAACGCGACGUGUAGCGUAAUCCUCUUUUUUGUAGUAAUCUUUCUUGCUGACUUUUCCUUUCACUGGUUCCGUAGGCGUUGGUGACCGGGGGGGUGAUCUUUUUGAUUUUAUUUUUGGACACUGUUUCGUACUACGAUCGAUCAGGCUAACAAUACAAUUUCCAAUUUGAUGGACGUUCCAUAUAAAUAGUGCUCAUGCUUCUAAUGGAUGUCAUAUCAAAACCGUUCUCAGAACAACUCACAUCUAUUCCUCCAAACGGAAUCUUCAACCAACCCACUACCAGCAUCAUGAAGUGCAUCGCAGCUGUAGUCAUGGUCGCUUUGGCCGUUACCGUCCAGGCCGAGAGUCCGGCGGUGUACAGCGUACCGUCGACCACCGUCGUCCAGCAGAAUGUUGUGCCCAAGUACGUCACCGCUUACUCUGCCCCGGCCGUUACCUACGCCAGCCACGCCAGUGUCGCUCCGGUCGCUGCUUAUGCUGCUCCAGUUGCCACCUAUGCUGCUACGGCCUAUGCUGCUCCCGCCUAUGCUGCUCCUGUUGCCACCUAUGCUGCUCCAAUCUCUUACGCUGCCCAUAGCUCCUUUGUCCAGGCUCCGGUAGCUUAUGCUGCACCGACCGCCUACGCCUACAACCAAGCCAGCUACGUACCGACCGUUUACGCUCAAGUGCAGAAGGAAGCUCGUUAUGUGGCCGCCAACCGUGGCGCUGUCCAUGAGGCUCCUCUGGCCGGACACACCAUCAACCAGAAGUCGCUGAACUUUGAACCAGCUCCCGGAACUCUGUAAAUAUUUGCAAAAGCUCAAAUUUGUUUGCCUGUGAGAAUGGUUUGAAAUAAAAUGAAUUGUUGCAAGGAUCAUUAA